UUGUCAAUUGACCUUGAGUUUACAACAGUUCAAUUACAGAAUUGUUCGUAUUAUUGGGGAUUCGCUGCAUUUGUUGCUUACUUUGUCAACCAUCCUGCAUACACUCCACCGUACUUUGGCGACAAACAGGUGUAUCUUGGUCUGAUUGGAUUCGCCAUUUUUGAAUUCGGUGAGGUCCUUUCGACCAUAUUUGUGUACAACCUCCGUCCACCAGGAACACGCGAACGUCGCAUUCCUCGUCCAGACGGAAAUCCAAUGAGCUUGCUUUUCAACUUUGUUUCGUGCCCCAAUUAUACAUACGAGGCAUUGUCAUGGCUGUCAUUCACUAUCAUGGUACAAAGCCUUCCCAGUCUUUUGUUCACCAUAGCCGGAUUCGUGCAGAUGACAAUUUGGGCCAAGAACAAGCAUCGUGCGUACAAGAAGGAAUUCCCUGACUAUCCAAAGGAACGAAAAGCAAUUGUGCCGUUCCUCAUUUGA